CUUCCCAUCCCCUCACCGAACUGUUUGUCCUGGGCCUUCUCCACUGCAUGAUGAGGCCUAUUGCAAACUAGAAGAACAGCACUUUGUAUUCUGCCUGGGUAGGCUGCAGCCCAGUGGUAUAAACAUUGAAUUUUUCAAUUUCAGUAAACCCACUCCCUGUGUUCCUUUCCCACUCCCCCUUGUCCACCCAGCUUCUCUCUCCCUUUGUUCACCUUUGCCAUCCCCACACCAACCUGGCUCCAUCAUCUCUCCCCCUCCCCCCAAUCUGGUUCCAUCUAUCACCUACCACCCCUCCCCUUAUACUGGCCACCUUUCCUUUUGCUCCUCCCAGACCUGAUGUAGGGUCUCAGCCUGAAGCAUUGACCAUCCCUUUGCCUCCACAGAUGCUGCCUGGCCUACUUGAGUUCUUCCAGCAGUUUAUUUUUUGCUCCAGGUUCCAGUAUCUGCAGUCUCUUGUGUUUUCACUUCCCACCCUGACAGCUGUGGAAUCUUAACAUCAGUAACCUUGAAUUUGGAAAUACAAUGGUAUUGACUGGUUGGUGACGACAGCUUUGUUUCGUGUCAAGCUGCUUUUUUGCCUUUAAUUAGCAGCGCACGUGACCAAAGCUGCGGAUCCUGGUCUUCAAAUAUGGCCCGCUGCUCUUGGUUGGAGUGCAUUGACUGAGCAAGAGCAACCUUUCAGAAAGGUGCAGUGAUCCUUGAGUGAAUCAAACGUCCUGCAGGUGAGCUGUAGGACUCCGUGGGGCUAAGAAUGUUGAGUCGGCUACAGGAGCUGAAGAAAGAAGAGGAAGCUCUGCUGAAACUCAAAACCACUUUACAAGAUCAAUUAAACCGACUCAAGGUUGAAGAGUUGGCCUUACGAUCCAUGAUCGUGACUAAGGAAGAAGGUGACACUGUUGGCAAUGACGGGACUGGUCAGGCACCUGAAUCUGUGGAGUCUUUGAUGCAGGUAGACAACGAGAGUGCGAUCAAUCAGACCCAGCUUCAGCUGAGCACGUCCCAGUUCGUUACUCGGGUGAGGCAGGAUGAGGAGGAGGAGGAGGACGAGGAAUACAGUUAAUGUCAUUUUGUGCCAAGACUUUAACGUGCAAAGAUGUCUGGGAUUGUUUUUCUUCAAGUGUACAGUAAGCUGGACAGGACAGACACCAGCUUUUGAGAGAUGCAGUCCAUAACUUCUGAAAUAUCAUGUGGAGGUUGAAACUCGAAGGUUGUCUUCAUUGCUGCAUCUCCUGGGUGGAAACCAAGGAAGGAAGGCUGCAGAGACAGUGAAGAUGGAGGCGGCGGAGUGACCUUUGUGCUGAAUACAGGCGUGUUAUUGGCACAAAAGGCUGACAAGUCCUUGCGACCUGAGAAAAUGAAAUCAGAAGUGCAAGAACACACAAGAAAUAAGAGGGUGUGAAAUUUCCCAAUUCUGAACUUGGAACCUUGUUGCUGGGGUUUUAGAACAAUAGACGACAAAGUUAGCUGGAUAUCUGGAUUAUGUUCACAUACUGCAGAGAUCUUUUAUUGAUUCAUUGCAUCACCUAAUGAUCUCUAAUGGUGGCGAACCACUGAUGCAGUAGUUUGUAACUAAAAAGCCUGUGGAGAAAGUCCUGAAAUAUUGAUGGCCCCAACCAAAGUGCCUCGCAGAUAAUGCUCCACCCGUAAAUACAGUGAAGUACGAUGGGACAUUUGUUUCCAAGACUGAGGUCAAGUUGCUGUCCAUCCCAAGAAGCGUGAGGUGGUUUCAUGGAGUGAAUUUAUUUUUUGGGUAUUGAGAGGUUUUUGUACUUUUGUUCUGCUCGUUGUUAGCCAAUGUAUUUUUAGUUUACUAUAGAACAAUUACUCCCACUCCUCACUCAGCCGUCUCUAGAAGUCCUUUGACUGUCCUCCCCAGUAACGUGACUGGACCUAUCCAAAACUGUCCUUGCAUUUUGGGUGGAAUGCAACAACGGCAGCACCUUGCAGACAAGCUCCUGUAGUGUUUAUGUGGAGCCUUGCCUCUCUCCAACCUCCUGCUGUGCUAUCUGGCCACAGCCUGGCAGACUGCAGAUUUGUAAAAUAGCCCCUGUGCCUCCAAGCUCAAUCAUUUCCUCCAUGUUUACCAUGUCAUAGGCACGCUGCUCGGCUGAAAAACUAAUUAGUUGUGAUCCAGUGGGUGUCCUCUGGCUAUGCACUCGGGUGCUUCGUGACAUCCGUUCAGAGGGUAAAGUGUAAUUGAACCAUGGUGUGGGGGUGAGGGGUUUGCAGAUGUAACGGACACUAUUUCCAAGUUGUAAAUUCUUGUUUCAAAUCCCGUUGUAUAUUCUUGUGUAAACCUGUCAUUGCACUGUCCUGCCAGAGCUGAUGCUGCAGGAACUCCACAGGCUUCAGUGCACCAAGAUUUAUUAUGGCAGCUUCAAUUAAAAGUGUGGAUCAACAAGUUUCUCAUUGUAAAUGUAUGCAAGAUGUUUAAUGUGUUAAUGAUGCA